AUGCCUGACUUUUUGACCAACCCCGGUUUCGGCGCAAAGACGAUUAACACGACCCGACAAUCCAAAGCUCUCGAUCCUCUUGCCGAAUGUAUUGGACGGCUGAACAUCCGAAGGCCCCAUACCACGGAAUUAGCCGCCAGUCAGAACCUUGAUCUGUUUCCAGAGGGCAAUAAGGGCCGUCUAUCGAUAAAUCUUAUCCAUGGGCGAAUAAGCGACUGGUUCUCCAUCGGCGCCAACUAG